UAUGUGGAAAGUGCCAAACUGAUCCCAGCCGCCCGGAUUUCCUCUUAAACCAGCUGCAGUGCAGGACUGUGUGGACUUUAGCCACACUGAGUUUUUCUAAUCUCUAACCCGCUGAAGCAGAUCUGCGGACAGAGCUGUGCUGCUGUCUGAAGCAUGGCGCUGGUGUCAGUGAGCAGACGGUUGUUUGAGUGCAGACGAGCCGUUCACAGAUCCAUGGCAGCCGCACAGCUGCACAGCUCCUCAGUGGUCUCUGGCAGGCAGCCUGUUAAUGGAGUAGAUCUGUACUACGAGCAGACAGGCAGAGGGAAACACGCUGUGCUGUUGCUUCCUGGUGCUUUGGGGAGCACAAAAACAGACUUUGCUCCUCAGCUUAAGUCUCUAAAUAAGGAGCGCUUCACUGUGGUUGGCUGGGAUCCCCGUGGUUACGGACAGUCCCGCCCCCCAGACAGAGACUUCCCCCCUGACUUCUUUGAGAGGGAUGCAAAGGAUGCUGUGGAUUUGAUGAAGGCACUGGGCUUUGGAAAAUUCUCUCUGCUGGGGUGGAGUGACGGAGGAAUCACCUCUCUGAUUGCAGCAGCGCGGAACCCUGACCUCAUCAACAAGAUGGUUGUGUGGGGAGCCAAUGCCUUUGUUUCUGAGCAAGACCUCAAGCUUUAUGAUGCGGUCCGUGAUGUCUCUAAGUGGAGUGCAAGGAUGAGACAACCCAUGGAGGAGGUGUAUGGAGCACAAGUCUUUGCUAAAACAUGGGAGGGUUGGGUGGAUGGAAUCAAACAUUUUUUCCACAGACCAGAAGGGAGCAUCUGCAUGGAGCUUCUGCCCCUGAUCAGGUGUCCAACUCUCAUCAUCCAUGGAGACAAAGACCCCAUGGUGCCAAGCGUCCAUCCUCAGUACCUCCUCAAGCACAUCAAAGGAUCUCAAUUAUAUUCAAUGCCAGAGGGAAAGCACAACCUGCACCUGAGGUAUGCUGAUGAAUUCAACAAACUGGUGGAAGACUUUCUAGAAGAACAAAACGACUGAUCUGUCAUUUAGCUGGGGAGAAGCAGAAUUAAUAUUAGUUACUCACAAAUAUGUACGUAUAUAUUUUCAAUAAUUUGAAUGUUAUUUUUUGAGUACAUUUUUAUAAAAUAAGUAAGAGAAUUUUCAUCUGUGGUAAUCUUGAUUAAUUGUUUAUAUUAAAUAAAAAUAUAUGCAUUUGAAAAACA